CAUAUGAUUUUUCGCCAUUUUAUAUGUGUUUACUGUUAAUCUUAUUUCAUUCAAUAUUUUAUUUUUUAAAUUUUAUUCGUUUAUAAAUGAUACCUAAAUUUUUCCCCAUUUUUGUAAUAAUAGUGAUCGCUUCGAACGUAAAAUAUAAUGAUGCCAUUAAGUGUUACGCGUGUGGUACACUACCUACAGCUAAUAUGAAUCUAAAUCAAUUUAGGGAUUAUAUGAGCUGUGCCGAGCCUUUUGACAAAAACAAAGCGAUACCGACUGAGUGCAACGGAUUUUGUAGGAAAACUCAUUAUAAAAGCGGUGAACGUCAUAUUAUAGCUAGAGGAUGCAGCCCACUGUGCUACCCUUCUGAGGCGACUGAUAUGAAAACAAGCUGCUGCAAUACAGAUCUAUGCAAUGGUACUCCAAAAAUGAAUGGAUCUUUGAUUAUGCUAACUGUUUCUUUCAUAUUGACAAUUUUCGCAACAUUUAUCAAAGAAAAUAUUUUAUAAAUUUUACCUUUAUUCCUUUCUUUAUUUUUUAAAUUCAAAUAUAUAUAUUAAUUUUAGCUUAUUAUUUUUAAAACAUAAAACAAUGUUUAUAAUGUAACAUAUAUGACCGAUGUCACUUAAAAAAUAUUGGCUAUAUUUUAACUGUAUGUAUAUCAUUCCCUCAGGUUUUAGGAAUAGUUAUUUUAUUUUUUACAUGAUUUUAAUCAAAAAAUUAUUAUUUUCCACAAACUCCUUUUAAAUUAUUCCCAUACUCAUUUUUUGAUUACUGAAAAUUGUUUAUUUUAUGAUAAACGGUGAUUUAAAACUUAAAUAUACUACUUAUUA